GGACCGUAUAAAGGUAUGCGCGUUAUCACUUGCCACAACCAGUACGAGGACAACUCCUCAUCGUACCACACCUCGCGUGUGGUUGUGAUCGUCCUGGAGAGUGCUGAAUCCACAGGAAUUACAGUUCACUCAAGCAGGAUGUCAUUAGACGACUCUGGAGAGGCGUUUACGCCAUAUGGGCCUGCAAACAUGGAGAGUGACACCACAGACCAUUGUACACCAGUUACGAAGACCGUCUGCUCGUAUUAUUUAGAAGGAAAAUGUAGAUUUGGCGAUAAUUGCUUCAACUUGCACCCUCUUAACGUUAUAAUACCAGACGCUAACCUGAAGGAUACCAAGAACCAAAAUAGAACACCACACAGAAAACCGCCUCCAGAAGACGAGAUAGACCAAAAGAAACCUUCCCUAAAGACAGCCGGGGACGUGAGGAAGAGGAUCCAGUGGGACCCAGAGCUAAGAAAGGAAUACUUCACAGUUGGAUACUUGGACAGGUUCAGUGGCGUUGUGGAAAAGCCUUUCACAUCGUUUUCCUGGGAACACUUGUCGAUGGUGGACCUGGAUCAGCUGGCCGUGCCACAACAUCGUAUCCAGUAUUAUAAGUACAAAGGUACCAAAGUUUGGGACAAAAAUGAACGGCUCGAUCAUGUGUUUGGGAGUGCAGGUAACGCCAUCACUAUUCAACAUAUUACUCAAGAAAUUGAUGCAGAAAUUGAGAGAAAAACUCUGACUUUCGAUCCUGACGACGACUCUGAUGAUGACCUUGUUAUAAUGACUGGAGAGUCGACUUCAGGGACAGGAUUAAUAUCUAGAGUUUGUACUGGGGAGAAACCAGAGAUUCUCCGCGCCACACACUUUUUCUGUAUUCGCAUUACCAACGAUGAAGUAAGGCGAGCGUCCCUGGAGGUGCAGGAGCACGUUGUGCAGGAGGAACCUGUCCUCCGCAGCUGCACCAUGCCCAGCGAACUUCUGCACGUCACUCUGGCUAUGGUCAAACUGGAGACUCCGGAGGCCAUGACUCAUGCCAUCAACAUCUUACGGAGUUUACAGGACAAAGUCAAGGAUCUCUUCGGACCAACACCGGAAAGUGAGGAGAAUCCUGAACGUGUGAUCAGAGCUCAAGGAUUGUCGACAUUCGGUGCCAGGGUGCUGUACAUCAAGCUAAAAGUGCCUUCCUCCUUCACUACCAUCGUGGACAUGCUGUACGAGGCUCUACGCCACGUCGACGGCAUCACGGUCACCAAUAACUUUGACUUCGUCCCUCACAUGACCUUACUCAAGGUCAAUAGACCAACAGCUAGAGAACGUCGAUCUAAAUACAUCAACUCCGUCCUCUAUAGUGAUUACCUGGACUAUGACUUUGGCACAAUCGAGAUAAAUAAUAUUCAUUUAUGUGUUAUUGAUGACGUACGAAGUCCUGAUGGCUUUUAUGUCACUUGUCAGAGAAUUGAAUUUUAAUUUAAUGCGAAAGCGCUCGCGCGCGCGAACACACACACACACACACACACACACACACACACAUAUUUAAUCCCACUCAGUUAUCAGUGAUAAGCACACUAUGUUAUCUUCACCAGCACCACUGAUGAUAAAACUGCAGUAAACCUGUUAAUUGUACACCAAACCAUCACAUCUAUAAUCUGUUUCAUCGCAAUGAUUUCUUGAAAUUAAACUUAUAUUAUAUAUUAGUUUUAUAUUAUACAAAAACUGCACUAUCAAUUAAAAAUAUUUUUUA